UAGAGGACAGGUCUACCUGACAGAACUCACAGACCUGCACAGACGAGACGUGACGAGCACACACAGGACUCUAAGCUGCAUCACUGGACAAGACUUGAGCAUCUGUACGUCUACUACGUCUCACUGGACGACGAUAAUCCUGAGCACAGAGCAAUCCCUGGAACGUGUUUAUGCUGACCUGAGCACUGCCGAUAACUUCAAUGCUGCCAGACUUGCCAGUGUAUCCUGAUACUAGCCACACCUUCAAAAUGCUAGCUAUCUUGGAGCAAUGGGAUGAGAGGUCUGGUUACAAAAUAGACAACACUGGGAAGUACCUGUCGCUUAUGCUUAUAAAGUUGGGAAUAGACACAGUGGUCUUUGUCCUAUGCUGCCGGAAGCUGUAUACCUCCUUUUUGAACAUGUGCAGCCUGUCCAUCGUCCUCGCCGACCUGGCGAUGGUGCUCUGUAUGACAGCUGUGUGGCUUCUCGGGCCUGAGAGGUCUCCUCUGUCCCCCUGCUUUGUUUUGGCUCACACCGCAGCAACAUUUGAAGCACUGCCCCUGCCGGUGAUUGGCUUGGGUAUAAUUGACUACUGUAUAGAAGAUGCCUGCCUUGCCAAUAAGAACACCUUUUGCAAAUUUCUCAGGAACGUGGUCUUGACAUUGCUGGUGUGGAUGCUUGCUGUUAUUUACUCCAUUGCUUAUGCAAAAGUUGAGCUGAUGGAACUGGUUACUGUGACAGCAGUAAAGGCUUUGGUGUGUGAGGAAAAGGAGUCCAUGCUGAUUACAUACUUCCUUUUGGGGCUUUUUGCUGCAGUAACUUUGACGAUGCUGCCCUUUUCAACAAGCAUUCCCAUGUGGGUGAGGGAAGCCAACAGGUUAUCUGAAUUGAGGGAAAAACAUGUGGACCAGAGGAGCGACUUGUUCACUGUAAGCCCGUCCACUGAGACAAAAAGCAGUAAGGAAAAUGAUCUGGGGGAGACCAACUGGCAACGACCGCCCCUGUGGCUCAGUCUAACUCUGGGCUUUUCUUUAUUUUGGAUUCCUUAUCUCACAGUGUCUGUGGCUUGUCUGGUCCUCGGCUUUGGAGUGCCUGCCUACAUCACUGUUAACCUUCUGUGGAUCGAGUGCACCAACAGCUUACUGGUGGGAGUGGUGUUCUGGGUAAAGAGCAGGUCGCUUGGGCCAUACUGCCAUCUGCCUGAAAAUGUAUGUUUAUGGCAUGUUUUCUGGCAUUUGAGUAAAGGAACAUGGCAGCAGCAACCCCCUGCAGCUGUGUUUAAUCCAUCAGAAGGGAAGAGGAACCAUCUUUUCUACAUCUGACAUCAAAUGUUCUCCAAUAAACUUCUUACAUCACAGAACUGACAGAGUUGAAAACCAUGAGAUAGGGAAGUGAAUCAAGACUUGUAUGUAUCCACUACACAUUGUUUACUUAUGUGAAUGUGAUGAUAAUGAAAACUCCAUUUACCAUACAUAGAGAUGGAUGAAUUUUUUAGAGAGGAGCAAAGUACUGUGAAAAAAAACUGCAAUACAAAACGUUUGUAAAUAUUUACAGAAAUAACUACACAUUUUAUAUUCUCUGUACUUUUAUAUGUUUGUUAUACAGCUCUAAAGAUGAUUUAGGACUUUGGGAAAUCGUGAUGUUAAUGAUAUGUUAUGAUGUUUUAAAAUGGUGUGUCUAAAUAAAAAUAUUCAGAAAC